UCCAGCAGAGAGACGUCAACCAGAGCAGAGAGACACACAUUCAUGUUCCAGAUGAUUUCUUCAUCAAUGAGUGCAGCUGCUCCAUUUCUAUCAGCUUCAAUGUCAUUUUAGUCAUCAUGUUUGUUCUUGGAGUCGCUCUUAUUAUUAUUUGGAUGAAGAAACAAAACAAAAACAAAAAGAAGAAGUUAAAGAAAAUCAAUGAAGAGCAAAAUAAUCUCAUUACAGCAGCAAGACUGGAGGAGGAGCUAGAAAAGAGCAAGAAGGAACAGAAAUUCAUUGAUCAUCAGAUUCAGUCACUAACAGAGAUGUCGGAGGAACUGAAGGAGCAGAAAAAACAACUUAUUGAUCAAACGGCAGAGGAAGCAAAAAUGAUUGAGGAGGAUGAGAAGAAGCUUAAGGCUGUUGAUGAUGAAGUAACAAACCAGACGGGGAACAUGAUAGAAAAAAAAGCACAAGGAUAUUUAAAACUGAAGGGAGUUAUAGCAGAGAGCAAAGAGAAACUGACUGAAAGAAAGCAAGGUCAUCAAAAGGUCGGAUAUAUGACAGAUAAACUAAUAAAGAGAACAAAUGAUGAGAUUAACAAUCUGAAGGACAGAAAACAGGAGAUAGAAAACCAUGUAAGGAAAAUACAAAAACAACUUGAUGAAAACUAGUCUAAAGAAUAAAUCUGAUGUCACUCAUGAGACAGAAAUAAAUGAAGUUUUAAUUUAUUCUGCAACAUUUUGAUUAGAGAAAAGUUUCAACAGGUUCAAACUCAGCAGAUUUACUGCAAACACCGAGACCUUUUAAUAACUGAGAGCACUAAAGAAAGUUUAGAUGUGGAUUUAGCCUGAAAGGUGAAAAAACUGCUGCAAACUCAGAGGAUAAACCAACUGAAAACAUACCUAAAGUAUGACAGUUUUAAAUAUGUAUAAAAUGUGUUUUUUUCUGUUAGUUUUUUUUACUAAAAUAAAUGAAAAAAUCUUGUGAAAUGUAUCUGAAAAUAAAUCAAUGACAAUUGUGUAAUCUGAUUUAUACCGAAUAAGCCACACA